CCCGUUGUUCAGUUAGGAGCUGAAAACGCAGACAGUAUCGGUGCCGUGCUGAACAGUAAAGAUGACCAACGGGAGAUCGCUGAAACAAGAGAAACGUGUAGGGCUGCUUAUGAUACUUCUGCACCAAAUGCAAAACGCAAAUACCCAGAUGAGGGAGAAGCUGAUGAGGAAGAGAUUGAAGAAUAUAAGGAUGAAGUAGAGCUGCAGCAAGAUGAAGAGAACCUGCCCUAUGAAGAAGAGAUUUACAAAGAUUCCAGUACGUUUCUUAAGGGUACUCAGAGCUUAAAUCCACACAACGAUUACUGCCAACACUUUGUGGAUACAGGACACAGACCCCAGAACUUCAUCAGGGAUGUUGGCCUAGCAGAUAGGUUUGAAGAAUAUCCAAAACUUAGAGAGCUCAUCAGAUUGAAGGAUGAGCUGAUAUCUAAAUCUAACACUCCUCCCAUGUACUUGCAAGCAGACUUGGAAGCUUUUGAUAUUAGGGAACUGAAGUCCAAAUUUGAUGUGAUUCUUCUGGAACCACCACUGGAAGAAUACUACCGAGAGACUGGCAUUACUGCCAAUGAAAAAUGUUGGACCUGGGAUGAUAUCAUGAAAUUGGAAAUUGAAGAAAUUGCAGCCCCAAGGUCAUUUGUGUUUCUAUGGUGCGGUUCAGGCGAGGGUCUGGAUCUUGGCCGAGUGUGUCUACGCAAAUGGGGUUACAGAAGAUGUGAGGACAUUUGUUGGAUUAAAACGAAUAAGAACAAUCCUGGAAAGACCAAGACUCUAGACCCUAAGGCUGUUUUCCAAAGAACCAAGGAGCACUGCCUCAUGGGCAUUAAAGGAACUGUGCGUCGCAGUACCGAUGGCGACUUCAUCCAUGCUAAUGUUGAUAUUGACCUAAUCAUCACAGAAGAGCCUGAAAUUGGCAACAUAGAAAAACCUGUAGAGAUUUUUCACAUCAUUGAGCAUUUCUGCCUUGGACGCCGACGUCUUCAUCUUUUUGGAAGGGACAGUACAAUUCGCCCAGGUUGGCUGACUGUAGGACCCACCCUCACAAACAGCAAUUUCAACGCAGAAACGUAUUCUUCAUACUUCACAGCUCCAAAUUCCCACCUGACCGGCUGUACCGAGGAGAUAGAGAGACUUCGGCCCAAGUCGCCACCACCCAAGUCCAAGUCUGACCGGGGAGGUGGUGCUCCAAGGGGAGGAGGAAGAGGAGGGACUUCAGCAGGCCGAGGAGAAAGGGGCAGAGAGAGGAACAGAACUAACUUUCGGGGUGAGAGGGGCGGCUUCAGAGGGGGACGUGGAGGUACCCAUAGAGGAGGCUUCCCCACCCGCUGAUUACUCUUAGGUAAUUGUUUCUUCCCCCAGUCCUGUGCCUCAUCUCUCAAUCUUUUUUCUUAAGUCUUUUUUUUGCUAAAGUGAUUUAUUCUGGGGACUCAAGCUAGGUGACUUCCAAAACUGGUUUGGGUGCAGGCAGU